UCUGGGAUUGCUUCAGUCUCUCUGCGUUCCUGCAAACUCAGCGUGACGGGAGCGCAGGACCUCUGAUUGGAGAGAUCCUGCAUAGUUCAGGCGCGUGCAGUCUUCGCGCAUUUCCAUAAAUACACGUCCUAGCUCGAGCAACAGGGACAGUAAACAACAUUGUGUGCGAGAGAUUCCCUCAGAAAUCUACUUCUUUACGACUUUUUGCGCACUUUAAAUGGAAGAGGGAGAGUCUCGUCGUCCCGAGAAGCAGCGGAGGAGAUGCUGCGUCAUUUUAAGCGUCGCCGUUGCUCUCAUUGUUAUUAUAAUCGUCGCUGUUGUGUUGGGACUGAAUGGCCGUCAGGAAGAAAGUGAAAUUAAAUCUAUAUUUUUUUCUAGGUGUGAAAAGUUCAAAGGAAAUGACUGUCAAAAGAUAUGGGGUGCCUUUCAACAGGCCUAUGUGAACAAGGACCCUUGUACAGUUCCAGUGGAAGCUUAUGAUCCCCUCCUUGCUGCAGCCCCAUUCAAAUCUGAAUGCGGCAGAAUGAUGUUCUGGAGCAAAACAAAGGAUGUGGUCCGUGACUUUGCUGAGAAGACUUGUUUCAGCACUUUGGAGGACACGCUGUUGGGAUCUGUCCUGGAUGAGCUGACCUGGUGUGGAAAGCAAGGCAGCGAGGAUACCUUCACUACUGGCUGCCCCACAAGGCGAGACUGUGAAAACAAUCCUGUUAGCUCCUUUUGGAGAAGUGCCUCUGCUGCUUUUGCAGAUGUUGCCUGUGGUAAUGUCACAGCAAUGCUAAAUGGAUCCAUCCCCACACCAUUCAGUCCUGCAAGUAUUUUUGGAAGCAUUGAGGUAAAGAGGUUUAAUGCCACUAGGACCAAGAGCCUGAAUGUUGUUAUGGUCAUACAGAAGAACGCCGUAACAAACUGUACAAAUGCAUCCUUGAAGGAUUUACAGGGAGAGAUGGAUACUAAAGGGAUAACAUUCAACUGCAAGGAUGUGACUGAAUCUCAGAUCCAGGAGUGCAGCUCCCAACCAGUGGAAAGUUGUGGAACCUGCUGGUGAAAAUGUCCGAUUAUGUCAGAUGCAACAUAGUAAUAUUCGGCUGCAGAUACAUUUAUCUUGUUUUUCCUUUAACUUUUUGAAAUGAUUUUGGAUAUUUUUGUACUUGUCGACCAGUUUGACUUAUUGUGAAAUGCAUUUUUCUAGACAAUGCAUGUUUUAAUUUUGUAGGAUGAGAAGCUUUUGGUUUUUAAUCCCAAACAUGUUGGGUACCAAGGCUGCUAUCUACUUGUUAACAGAAUAUGCUUUUUUUUUUUUUU